AUGGCGUCUUCGGAGGAUCAAACCAACGGCGCCCAGGUCAAAGCAUUGUCCAACCCAAUGGAGACCAGCCAUAGCAGUCUGGAUACACAAGAUCCGAGGCUUGUAACCAGGGGCCGAAAGGUGAAUUACCAAGACGAAAGAAAUACAGAUUCACUGGGUCAAGAGCAGCUGCGGCAGCUCUCACUCAGCCCCUUUUCCGAGUUUGUGCGACCCUCCCCUCCACGGUCCCGAAGCACCGUCUCGGGAUCCAGGCCCCGACAAUCUGAACGAACCACCUGGAUGGCCCGGAUCGGCCCUAGCUUACACAACACAUGGUUAGGCCACCGGGCUGUCUUGCUGAUGCUCCUGGCCCAGUUCUUUGGCAACUCGAUGAACCUGUGCGCGCGGAUCCUGGAGCACGAGGAGGAGGGAGCGAUGCACCCAACGCAGCUGCUCUUCGUGCGGAUGGCCAUAACCGUCGUCUUCGCCAACUUGUACAUGUGGUGGGCCAAAACGCCAGAUGCCCCUUUCGGUAAGCCUGGCGUCAGGUGGCUGCUGCUGGCGCGCGGCGUGACGGGCUUCUUUGGCAUCUACGGCAUGUGGUACUCCAUCAUGUAUCUGCCCCUGGCUGAGGCUACCGUCAUAACGUUCCUGGUGCCGUGCGUAACCGGCUAUCUAUGUCACCUCGUGAUCCACGAGCCUUUCACCCGGAAGGAGCAGGUUGCGUCGUUCAUCGCCUUGAUCGGCGUGGUGCUUAUCGCCAGACCGGCUGCUCUGCUGGGGCCCGAUGAGGACCCUUCGACGGCCGAAACGAGUGCGACUGGCGGGAAUCUUGGGGAGGGUGAUGACAUCACACCAGCUCAGCGUCUGGGCGCCAUCGCAGCCGCGCUGGUAGGCGUCUUGGGAACCGCAGGUGCCUUCUUGAGCAUCCGGCAUAUCGGACCGCGUGCACACCCUCUCGUGUCGGUCAACUACUUUUCCGUCUUUUGCACGGCAGUGUGCGCCGCCGUGCUCGCCUUCGCACCGAUCCUCAACAUCGGGCAGCCGGACCUGCGCUUCGAGCUGCCACAAGGAGCGUGGCAGUGGUUCCUCCUGAUCACGGUGUGCAUCUGCGGGUUCCUGACGCAGUUCCUGCUCACUGCCAGCCUGGGCGGCGGAGAAAAGUCCAACAGGGCGACGGCCAUGGUAUACACGGGGAUGCUGUUUGCUUCCGCGUUCGACAAGUGGGUGUUUGGGAUCGAGAUGGGCCUGCUGAGCGUCGUGGGCUGUGGCCUCAUCAUUGGGAGCGCCAUGUGGGCAGCCCUGUCAAAGAAGGAGGCCAUCCCGGAGACGAGCGCAGAUGACGUUGAGGCUGCACUUGCGUUGGAAAGUGGUGACGCUGAGGUAGUCCAUCUGCUUGAUGAGGAUGAAAUUGACGAUGAUUAG